UUCAUUAUGGAAAUAUGGUGGACUGUUCUUUUAAAGAUACAUGUAAACCUUUUCAAACUAAAGAUGGAAAGGACUUUAACUCACAAAUUAAGUGAUUUACACUAGGGAUGUCCCGAUCCGAUCACGUGAUCGGAAAUCGGGCCCGAUCACAUGGUUUCAGACUCGAUCGGAAUCGGGCAUUGCCUCCCGAUCAGAGAUCGGAUAUAUAUCUAUGUAAUAUAUUCUCAUUUUUAACACAUCAAUAGCUAUGCGUUGGCACAGAGUGAGACCAGACCUCUUGUCUCAACACAGCAACAUCAACGCGUGCGGCAUGACAUCACUUUGUAGCGGAGACGCUAUUGGUUAUUGGCUGCCUGUUGCCGGCAAAGUUGAACACGGAAGCAGUUCGAAGCGGAAAGCAAAGAAUGAGAUCUUUUUUUUUUUUUUUUCGUUGGAUGACAAAAGAAACGGGCUCAAACCUGAAAGGGUAGAAAUGCUUGUUUUCAUCAAGAAAAACGUUCAUUUCCUUAAUUGAAAUUACUGUACACCACUGUGAGAUGCGUUCUUAAAAGCAAAUUACUGGCACUGUGGCACUUUAUUUUUUUUUAUUUGUUUACAUUCCUGCCAGGUAUUUUAAGGUUUUUUUUUAAAUUUGUUAUUUAUUGUUCAAACUGCCUCACGUAAGUGCUCUGUUUGCUAACGGAGUUGUUGGAUGUUAAAAUAAGGUGUUAAAUAAAAAAUGAGGAACAUCCUGGAUCCGUUUCUUUCCUCGUCUUUAUUUUUUAUGGAUUAUAAGAAGUAUCGGAUCGGGACUCGGUAUCGGCAGAUACUCAAAAUCAAAUGAUCGGUAUCGGAUCGGAGGGCAAAAAAACCUGAUCGGGACAUCCCUAAUUUACACUAAAAUCUUCGACACAAAUUCUGAUCGGAUGUGGUGCUCUAGCGUGCAGGAACGUUUUCCAUCACCAAUAAGUGAGAAAGUUGAAACUACCAAAUUUUGGAUGUAUCUUUUUAAGUGUCAUAAGAAUGAGGAAAUGAAAAUGACCUGUAUGGACCCUUUUCACGUGACGUCACGACAAACGCGGCCGCCAUUUUGGACAUGAACUACCAGUAGUCUACCACAGCCAACAACGAGGAACGACGGCGAAUCAUCGAAAGGAAUAUAGCCAUCAAAGAAAGUUUUUACUUUCAGCAAGACUUCCAUCAUGCCAUUAUAUUGUUGUGCACCUGGAUGUAGUAACCAUCGACACACAAGGCAAGAUUUAUCAUUUUAUCGGAUCCCGACAGAUGCUGACCGACGGAGAAGAUGGAUGGUCUCUAAAAUAUUGGCAAAAUGAUGUUUAUUGACAUAGCAAUCGUGUGUAACGGGAAGCAUUUGCAUAUCCGAAGUGUUGUGUUUACAUCACAGAUAAAAUAAACCGAUAUGACAACGACUGCGGCUGCCAGGUUGGGGACACAGACUAGUAGAAAGGAAGUGUGCCAACAGACUUCCUUUGUGGUCGAUUCUGCUUUAAGGAAUGGAGAUUCACAGCUGUUUGAUAAAGUGAGGGGUUCAGACAUUAAGCUGCUGAAGUAUCUGUCUGUGCGUUACAUCUGUGACCUUAUGGUGGAGAAUAAGAAGGUCAAGUUUGGCCUCAACGUUACCUCCUCUGAGAAGGUAGACAAGGCCCAGCGGUAUGCAGACUUCACCUUGCUCUCUGUGCCUUACCCAGGUUGCGAGUUCUUUAAGGAAUACAAAGACCGAGACUACACAGCAGAGGGACUGGUCUUCAACUGGAAUCAGGACUUUGUGGAUGCUCCCUUGACAAUCCCUGCCAAUUUUGCAAAGAACCUGAACAUUGACUGGAGCGAAUAUCAGUCAUGGGACCUGGUGCAACAGACACAGAAUUAUCUGAAGCUGCUUCUGCACAUCAUCAACAGUGAUGAUAAAAGUGGUUUGUUGGUGCACUGUAUAUCAGGGUGGGACAGAACUCCACUCUUUGUGUCACUCCUCAGACUCUCACUGUGGGCUGAUGGUGCUGUUCAUACAAGCCUGGAGCCACCUGAGAUACUGUAUCUGACCAUCGCCUAUGAUUGGUUCCUCUUUGGUCAUAUGCUGCCUGAUCGUCUCUCUAAAGGAGAGGAAAUUUUCUUUUUUUGCUUCAAUUUUUUGAAGCACAUUGUGUCUGACAAUUUCUCAGUCAUUAGGAAGUUGGGGGGGAAAAGCUCUCAGUUCAGAGACACUGAUUUCACAGUGGAUGACCUCUGCCAGCUACAGUCCAGAGACAGGGGAAGUAUGACCAGUCUGAGUAGUGAUUUCCCUUUAAUCACUGAGGAUGCAGCUACUCCCUCAAGUCUGUCUGCUGAGCCUGUGGACCUGCUCCCUAGCGGAAGAAAAGCUGUGACCUCCUCUCCUCAGACUGUAUAUUGGAACCGCUCUGUCCCAACUGAGGAGCGACUACCUCAUCCACUUGCAGAGGGCAGGUCCUCAAGCUCCUCAUCCUCCAACCAAUCAGAGCAGGGCUUUAUCCGUACAGGCAGCAGCCCAUUGGCUGUGCCGGGGAGAAGGUCCAUGGUGGAGUAUGCUCGUUCGGGUUCUUCUGUCUCUACAGAGUAUGGUAGCUGGCAGAUUGUCUCAGGCUGUGGGAGCAUCCAUGAUGCACCUCCUCUCCCUUUGGAGUCACCCCUUCCCUACAACUUCCAAGAUGAGGGGCCCAGCGGCCGCAUGUGUACAUUUGUAUCUGAGAGGCAGGCUCGAUUGGAGGCAGUAAGGGAGUUGUUCCUGGCAGCUUACAGCUCCACUGUGGGACUCAAAUCUUCCUUUCCAAGUCCAUCUGGAGCCAUCUCUGGUCUGCUGGAGCAGUUUGCCCGUGGUGUUGGCCUCCGAGGCACCAACUCCAUUGUCUGAACAAAACUUCCCCCUUCUGUUCUGUCAUCUCUUCCUCGGUUAUUUCUGACUCCAUCUUGUGCUUGGUAGCAAUGAAUCACCAAGAUAAGGUUUCCUACUUCAGCUGGUCUCCUUAGUCUGACAAUUUAUAUCCUCUUCAUCUCUGAGCCCUCCAUUUGAUGUGAAUCAUCCCGUGAUCCAAAUUUCAUGUAGUCCAUAUCUAUAAUCUCUCUGAAAUCGGUGUUCCAAAAAUCCCAAAGUAUCACCUUGCUCCUUUGCGUCAUACAUGCAGUUUCCAAAUAGAUCUGCAAAACUCAACCCAUCUGCUUCUUCUGUUUGUUUUUUCCUUGCCAGAUUUCAUUCACUGUGCAAACAAUUCAAUCGGACUUAAAGUGCCAAACUUUAAACCUUUGGGCUGCCUUUUUAUUUCUUUGUUUUUAAUUGUUUUACACACUGAAUUUGCCUGAGGGACCCUCAAGUAAAUUUCUAUCCCCCCCCCCCCCCCCCCUUUUUUUUAAUUGUCCCUCAGUUUCCUCGUAUGUAUUUUAUAGUAAAUGGGAUGAUUUUGAGAGCCUGAAUACAAUAAAGGGAAAGGUUUCUUUUAACUCUUGCUGUAGUUUUAUUGCUGCUACAAGAAUAUUUAGUAAUGAACAAGUUCUUAAUUUAACUUCUACAUGGACCUCAAAGGCUGUGCUUCUUUGGGGGCAUCAAACCUAAUGAACAGAUUUUGUAAAUUGUCUUUGACUUUAAUUGUUGCUGCUUGUCUUAAGUUUCACUUACGUGUGAAUCUUUUUAAAGCAUUUGAUAUGAAGUCUAACAAGUAAAAACUGCAACAUGUAUUAAUCUGGAAAGAGGGACAACUAUUCUUGUGACGAGGAGACAGGUUUUGUCAUUUUAAAGAGUAGUUUUCACAUGCAUCCCAUCAAGCUAUUUAACAACACUCAUUUGUUAACAUAAAAUGAUGCUCUGUAAUACUUGUUCAGUUACACUUCAGCAAAAAAGUAAGGAGCAGGCCUGCUGAAUGACUUCCUAGAGCUUAGUUUAUGGUGAGAUCUUUUUAAAAGGUGCUUGCCCUUUUAUAUGUUGGCCUCAUGCUCAGUUUGUGAAUUCAGAGCUACUGGUGGAAUCACAAUUUCCUCUUUGGCUCAUAAUUUAAUCUAAAACCAUUUGCAGUAAAAUGGUCACAUGCCAGUGAAGUGUAACCACAGCACCUUGCAUAUGGCAUCAGUUUCAGCAUCAAAAGCUGCUUUGACAAAGGAUUUUUAGUUAUGGCAAGUGUUGCUAUGAUGCUUGGUUGUGAUCGGUUGAAUGUCCGCACUUGAAAUUCCGCACUUGAAAUUUCACACUUGGGAUUUGUUAUUAAUGCCAAAUGAUUUUGAUGGCCUUCUUUUACCUCAGGACCACCACAUGUUGUGCCUUUCUUUCUCUUAAUAUUGGGUUACAUUUUUAGAUUACUUCUACCUGGGGAUUUAUGGUGUAUGUGGGGAUUUAUGGUGUAUGGGGUGUGGGGAUUUAUGGUGUAUGGGGUGGGGUGGGCCCCCCCAAAACAAAAAUAAAUAAAUUUCAGUCUACAUACAUUUUGGAAUGGGCAUAUUGCAAACCUUGUACUUCACCCCACCCCCAAAUUCAGUUACAGUUCAACUAAAUGACAACUUUGGCAUUAUCAAUGUAAGAGCUUUCGAGUUUCUGAUUAGGAUUAUUUAUUUUGCCUGCAAGGUCUAUCCAGGUCAUAUGGGACUUUUUUCAUAAUUCCAAACAUUUUUUCAGCCUCAUAAAAAUAAACAUCUACCGUUGAAAUGACUAGUGGUCAAGCACCUUGCAUAUUCUCUCUCUCUCUCUCUCUCUCUCUCUCUCACACUCACACACACACUCACACACACACACACGUUAUCCAGAACUUUCAGAAUUAGUUUCAGCCAUAUAGGAGGACUCUAAUCUGGAAAUGUACCUUUUUCGUGAUGGUCUCUUCCUUAACUAUAUUUUUAAUAAAACUUUUAUUUGCGCUCAUUCUCUCCUCCUGUUUAGAGUGUGGUGUACUGUUUUUGUAGGGUUUUUUUUUCCUCGUUCAUUUUGUUUUAAUUUUUAUUGGUUCCUAUCUCAGCAGAGUGGCUGAAGAGAUACGGGACAGAUGCUCUUCCAGUGAAAAAUAAAAAAAGUAAAAGUAA